AGGAAGGGGAGGUAUCCCCGCAAGGAAGGUCGGUGUACCACGCAAACGCAGGGUCCGCGGAAACUAGAAAAAUGACGUUGGAUUGAUACAAUAAAGAAAGCUACUCCAUCAAUCUCAACAAACAACGUCAACUUUUGGUGAUAGUAAAACUAUGAAAUUGCGAAGGCCAGGAGCCUCAAUGCUAAUUGUGACAUUCAUCAUACGCCAGGGCACACACGACCCUUUUUAUAAGCCCAUUCCAAGUUGCUUGAGCCACGCCCAUCCGCAGCGCGCGACGUCAAGCUCUCGUACCCCGUGGUCCCGACCGUCCACGUGCCUAGUCCUGCAUCCGGUUAGUACGGACUCCGUUUGUGGGCCCCCGGGGUUUAGUGGCCGUCGCGCUAGGGUACUCAUUGGUCCACCUCACGCGUGCCUGUGACGUUGAACCUAAAUCAGUUGCUUGCUUUUCGCUUCGCUUUCCUCUAGCCUUUUCUCCACACUGACAGCGCUCCUUCGUCACUGUGUCGUGGGUGCUCGUU